GUCAAAAUUACGCAGUACACCGAUGAUGAACCGCCCCACGAGGAAGUCGACGAUGAGCAUCUGAGCGCAUACUCGGCCGCUGAAACAAAAAUUGACGGUUUGCAUGCGAUUGGCACCUCAGAAUGUUUAGCGAGAGGCCCCAGGAAGCUGGGCAGAGCGUCGCGCAUCGAAUCGGGAACAGCGGAGUGCUACGCCGGGGGGACGGACGCUGAACUGCCGCGGUGUUGCACGGCAUCUGGAGUGGCGUCAUGUCCGGACAGGAGCCGCAUCCAAGCGCCAACGCCCAACGCGAACUUCGCGGCUCGACAGCGUCAAGGGAGUACGAUGUGCCGGAGACCUUCCGUAAUCUCGACGACUCCUUGCCACCCGUUAGCCUCCCCCUUCCGCAAGAUGCCUCAACGCUCCCUCAUGGUCAGCCGCGCCGCUCCCGCUCCCGCUCCCGGCCGGCCUCGACCGCGUCCCAAGCCAACUACGAUGUUCCGGACAGUUACGCCAACCUGGAUGAGACGGCCGCCGUCUCGCCGGUGCAGAACCCGUACGAGGAGCCAAUCUUCCGCUUCCAAAGCCUAGAGCAAGUUCGCAGCCGGGAGCAGGGGUAUAUCCGGGAGCAAGAGCGGCAAAGAAGGCAGUCUCUCGCUGAAGGCCGGCCACCAGAGCCAGAGAAGGCAGGAGAGGCCAAGCGCGGCGUCUCCCGGCUCCUAACACAGUUCUACACCGUCUCCUACCUGACCUUCUUCUCCAUUCUCGGCACCCUCGCCCGCCUCGGCCUCCAGGCCCUGACCAACUACCCCGGCACACCCAUCAUCUUCCCCUCCAUCUGGCCCAACUUUGUCGGCUGCCUGAUCAUGGGCUAUCUCUCCGAAGACCGCAUGCUCUUCAGCGAGGCCGACGACCAAUCCCCUCCUCCCCUGCCACCGACCCACGACAGCGACGAAGACGCCGCCGCCGCCAUCGCUGCCGCGAAAAAAGCCCACGCCGCCCUCAAGAAAACCAUCCCCCUCUACAUCGGCCUCGCCACCGGCUUCUGCGGCUCGCUGACCUCCUUCUCCGCCUUCAUCCGCGACACCUUCCUAGCCCUCUCCAACGACCUCCCCGCAUCCGCGGCCGAUCCCGCGCCCCGAAACGACGGCUACUCCGUCCUGGCGAUCCUCGCUGUGCCCCUGACGACCCUCUCGCUCUCCCUCACGGGACUCUUCCUGGGCGCGCACCUAGCCAUCGCGCUCGCCCCAUUCACCCCGCCGCUGCCGCGCGCCCUGCUCGGCCCCGCCGACCGCCUCGUCGCGCUGCUCGCCUGGCCCGCCUGGCUCGGCGCCGCGCUGCUCGCCGCGUUCCCGCCCGCCGGCCACGCCGACUGGCGCGGCAAGGCCGUCUUCGCCCUGGUGUUCGCGCCGCUCGGCUGCCUGGCCCGCUUCUACGCCAGCCUGCGGCUGAACGGCCGCGUCGCGGCCUUCCCCCUGGGCACCUUCGCGGUGAAUGUGGUGGGGACGGGGGUCCUCGCUAUGGCGUGGGACCUGGCGCACUCGGGGGCUGUGGGGGCGGCGUCCGGUGGUGGUGGGGGGUUGGUGGUGGGCUGUCAGGUGCUGGCCGGCGUGCAGGAUGGGUUCUGCGGGUGUCUGACGACGGUGUCGACGUGGGUGGCCGAGCUGGCGUCGCUGCGGCGGCGGCAUGCGUAUGUCUACGGCGGGGCGAGCGUGCUGGUCGGGCUGGCCGUCGCGGUGGCCGUCAUGGGCGGGCUGAGGUGGAGCGGAGGAUUUGAACGGGCAGCAUGUGGGUAAGGGGAAAAGGCAGAAGGGAACGUGAAGAUAUACCUGGCUCAAUACAGCGGAGUGGUUUUUCCUGUGAAGUGCAGACGCUGCUGGUGUGUACAAAAUAUACAAAUACACGCACAAAUACUCGGUGUAACACCUGCAUACAAACCCGCUGGUCCCGUUGCAGGGAAAAGUUCCGCUGAGGGAAAAGUCUACUCCUUAUCCGUCCCGCUGAAACUCGGACCUUCCUCGUUCCACCGCAACUCACCAGGCCACC